AUGGACCUGGAGCUCGAGUUCCCAAUACUUUCCACAUAUUUGAGCCGUCGAUGGACCGAUCUUGUUAUGAUUUCCAUGUCACUCAGAUACAAUCCUUACACGCCACACUUGAGCUUCUGCCCCGAAUUUAGCUCAAAGCACGAAACGAGACAUGAUGGGGAUGUGGGGAGCCUCAAUUCUUGUCGCUAUGGUGGUGAUGUCGAAGACAAAAACUCAGAAAGAAUCGAUGAAGAUUUUGUGCGUGGACCAGAUGACAUCAGAGCGCAUAUUGGAAGCAAGUUGGAUUAUCUUGAGGAUAUUUCAGAGGCUUUCUGCCAUGAUGAUGUACCUGACGCACCGAAUCCAGGGAUAUUGAUCGGUAACAGUGAAGCAAUUCGAUUUCCAUUUUCCCGUCAUGAUAUUGACAAAAUCGUUGUGGCAAGUAGGCAAAUGUGCAAGAAUGCCACAGCACAUAACCGGAAAUAUUGGUCUAUCUCAGCAGAUAAUUUUAAACUGACAAAUCCAUCAUGGAACAAGACACUAGAGUCAAUCCUCCAGGAAGUGGGAGAAAAAUUGCGGUUAGGAUCAAGAAAGUUCGAUGCUACUUUGACCAAUCUAAUCCUAUCUGAUGACGGUACCAGUUGCGAAACUAAUGUGCAAGUUCAUCUCAACCGGGAGCUCUCUUCUUUAGUAACAAGUUCCGUCUACAGCCCAGAGUUUUCCGCUCGUAAUUACGCAACGUUGGAUAUCAUCUUACCGUCGACGAGGGCGGAAGAGAAAAUUGUUAUCAAAUCUAAGAAUGUCUGCAUCCAUGAACUCACAGGCCCAGAACUAUCAAACUGGGGCUGCUCUUCUUCUUUUGGAUUGUUUUCAGAUCUUUCAAUUACAAGCACUACACCUAUCUCCGGUCAUCGCCUAGCUCUACGCUAUUCUCUUCGUUAUACUUCGAUCAAAGACAUCACCUCCUUACCCGCCCAUGCUAAGCCUUCGAUCAAUUUACGAUCCACUCUACGUCAAUGGACUGACAACACUAGUGUCGCUAAUAACAUCUUGACACAUGUACUGAAAAAGGAUUAUGGGAACAGAUGCUCAGACAAAGAUCUGAGAUUGGAUGAUUCGUUUGUGAUCACUCAGCUCAAAGAUGUUUCAAAACACGCUGGUCUUUUCUUAUGCCUGGGUAGACUAAUCAUGACUCUUGAAGGUGUUACCAGACCUCCUGAAUUGGAUGGUAUUCGACGUGGUGAGCGUAACAGGUACGAAAUUGAAACCACAAAAUACGAACUGGGUCGUGUGAAUUACCUGGAUAGUGAAGUAUUGUUCAAUGAACGCAAUUUUGAAGUGGAAAGCUGCAUUCAAAACCUCAAGGAUAUUUUUGAUGGCGGUCUAUCCGAUGAUCGACAAUUGGACUUCAACAAUAAGCCUUUCUAUCAGCCUUUCCAUCAAAGGUCUAUGAUGGAUGUCAUGCGCCGGAGACGUGGAUCCGAGUGGCUCACCAGCAUUGUCGAGACUUACAUCAAACAAUGCAAAGCAUUCAACGAUCAAUUUAAGGCCAUUCGUUGGUUUGGGACCUUUUAUAAGCAACCUGGAUGGUCAUAUGAUCAAUAUAAAAGAAUAAUGUCUUCAUCCUUGCAACUUCGAUCAACAGAGUGCUGCGUAAGUCUUUUCAAGUUGGCUGGUCUCUGGGAGGCAAAAGAUAAUAUCGAAGUUCUUUUACCAGCCAUACAGCGAGAAAAUAACGCCACCACGAUUGUCACAUUUUUGGGACUCUUGGUCACCAGUGAGCACUACUGGGAAGAGAAGUUAUUUGAUGCCGUUUUCAGAAAUGUUCUUCCAGGAAUCAUUGACGAUAUUGAUCUUGGCUGGACCUCGACUGGACGUAUGGAUUACUCUGCAUUGGCAUCUAUCAUAUAUGUUGCAUACAGUAUGGAUAUGCUUUCAGAAGUGAAGGCUAUUCUAGAGAAUAUCUCUACGAAGAUACAGGACGCUUGCAAAUGCUUUUACAUCGAACAUCUUCUGCCUUUCACUCGCGGCUUGAUGGUUGAAUUUCAAAAAUGUUCGCCUGAGGCAUUGCACUCAUCUCAAGUUCAACAAUUCGCUCACAAGGUUAUCAAUUCGUGGAUACUGAAGUUCAGGCCUGCGAAGCCCACAUCAUUAUCAUGGACUCAGGGUUUCGAAGGGUGUAGCAUCAAGUAA